AUGGGGUUUGAUUUCAACUGCCUGAAGAAUGUCUUCAGCCUGGUGAGGGAGGUCAGUGGGGCGAAGGGGAAGAUAAACUACAUGGACCUGGGACUGAAGCUCGUUAAGCUUACCGGUCCCUACAUAGUGCAGUACCUUGGCACCGUCAAUCGCCCGCCGCGGGUCGACGUCGCGGAGGCCUUCCAGCAGGCGGCGGAGACGGAGGGCUUCAAGCCGUGGGAGGCGCCCGCCCAGAAGAGCGGCAAAUUUCGUGCCCUCUUCAUCGGCAUCAACUACUACGGCACCCGCGCCGAGCUCUCCGGCUGCUGCAACGACGUGAAACAAAUCCUCGCCACGCUGCAGAAGAAGCGGUUCCCCAUUGACGAGGCGAGCAUCCUCGUGGAUGAGGAGGGAUUCCCUGGCGCCAACGGCCUCCCCACGCGCGACAACAUCGUGCGCUACAUGGCCUGGCUGGUGAAGGACGCAAAGGCGGGCGACGUGCUCUUCAUGCACUUCUCGGGCCACGGCACCCAGACGCGUGCGCUGAGCGACUCGGAGGAGGCGUUUGACCAGUGCAUUGCCCCCGUCGACUUCGAACGCAACGGCUGCAUCCUUGACGAUGACAUUUUUAAAAUUCUGCUCCGAAGCCUGCCGCAUGGGGUGCGACUCACCGUAGUCUUCGACUGCUGCCACUCUGGCUCCAUGCUUGACCUGCCGUACACGUUUGUGGGCGGCAGAAGCGUGCGCAGCGGCGUCACCGGGCACAUGCAGCGCAUCCGCCGCGGAAACAACUGUGACGGGGACGUGCUAAUGAUCUCCGGCUGCGCCGACGAGCAGACCUCCGCGGACGUGGCCAACGCCGCCGCGUUUGGGACGGGCGCGACAGGCGCUGGUGGGGCCGCCACGCAGUGUCUGACCUACACAAUACUCAAAACGAGCAACCUCUCGUACCAGGACAUGCUCAUCGCCACCCGCGACAUGCUGAAGAAAAAGCGGUUUACGCAGGUGCCGCAGCUGAGUGCGUCGAAGCCUAUCGAUCUGCAACGGGAGUUUUCACUCAUGAAGGUCUUUGAGGUGGACCCAGCCGUCGCACAGUAG